CCCCGGCCAGUUGGUAAAGAUGUAGAGGAAAUGAAGCAACAACACAAACUGUGGGAGAUCAAAGGGGGCUGAGGGCGGAAGAGCGCCAUUGCAGCGCGGAGUCUGGGAAGGUAUUUAAUGCCGGGGAACAAACCUCGAGAGCCACCACAGAAUCCGCACACUCCGGCAGCAUGGCUUUGUCCUGCAAAAGCUGGUUCUCUAACGAGGGUGGAAAACAUCUGCUUUUGAUUUUGUGGCUCUCGGUCAACGUGCUGCUGUUUUGGAAAACUUUUACACUUUAUUACCACGGUGCACAGUAUUACUACUUGCAUCGUAUGCUUGGGCUAGGAUUAUGCAUUAGUAGAGCUUCUGCUUCAGUCCUGAAUCUGAACUGCAGUCUUGUCCUGCUGCCCAUGUGUCACACUUUACUGGCAUUUCUGCGAGGGUCCCAGAAGAUUAUGAGUAGAAAAGCAAGAAGAUUGCUGGAUAAGAGUAAAACUUUUCAUAUUACAUGUGGUUUUACGAUAUGUCUGUUUUCAGUAGUCCAUGUUGCAGCUCAUAUGGUCAAUGCCCUAAACUUCUCUCUGCAUUACAGUGAAGAAUUUCCAGCCCUCAAUGUUGCUCGUUACCGGGAUGAGGAUCCCAGGAAAAUUCUCUUCACAACAGUUCCAGGUGUAACUGGCUUCCUCAUGGUAUUGGUGCUUUUUUUAAUGUGUACAUCUUCAUCAUAUUCUCUAAGGUACUCAAACUAUGACAUCUUUUGGUAUACACACAACCUCUUCAUUGUCUUCUAUAUUUUACUUCUGCUUCACGUGACUGGGGGCAUGUUGAAAUAUCAGACGAAUUUGAAUGAACACACCCCUGGCUGCAUUGAUCUGAAUAAAACAUUAAUUGAUGAUAUCCCUAUAUCUGAAUAUCCACCAGAAAGCAAUGUUGAGCCAAAGCCUGGGUUGGAAAACAACUUCCAGAGGAUCUGUACUGAAGCCCCAAAAUUUCAGUCUAAUUUACAAGAGACAUGGUUUUGGGUGUCUGGUCCUCUCUGUCUCUAUUGUGCAGAAAGGCUGUAUCGAUAUAUUCGGAGCAAUAAACCAGUAACCAUCAUCUCAGUGAAUUCUCAUCCCUGUGAUGUGAUAGAGGUACGAAUGGUGAAAGAUAAUUUCACAGCAAGGCCAGGUCAGUACAUUGUUCUGCACUGUCCAAGUGUGUCAGCGUUUGAGAGCCAUCCAUUCACUCUCACAAUGAGCCCUGCAGAAAACAGAAGAACAUUUGGCAUUCACCUCCGUGUUCUUGGAGAUUGGACAAGAAGAUUUAGAGAGCUGCUGCUGUCUGAAACAAAUAUGGAUGCAGAGAUCCUACCCAUUCUGCAACAGAGGAAUUACCCAAAAUUAUAUAUUGAUGGUCCAUUUGGAAGUCCAUCAGAGGAAGUCUUCAACUAUGAGGUUAGCCUUUGUGUGGCCGGUGGUAUUGGAGUGACCCCUUUUGCUUCAGUACUAAAUACACUACUAGUUGAUUGGAAGCAAUACAAGCUCAGACGGCUUUACUUCAUUUGGGUGUGCAAGGAAAUUCAGUCCUUUCUCUGGUUUGCAGAUCUGUUGUGCCUUUUACAUGACAAGCUAUGGCAGGAGAACCGUCCAGACUACUUGAAUAUCCAGCUGUAUCUUAGUCAAACAGAUGGAUUGCAGAACUUAAAUGCAGAAAAAUAUCAAGUGCUGAACUCCAGGCUUGUUAUUGGAAAGCCUCGCUUGAAACUUCUGUUUGGUGAAAUAGCCAAGUGCAAUAGACAAAAGUGUGUUGGUGUUUUUUGCUGUGGACCCAGCAAACUAUCCAAAGAGCUUCACAAUCUCAGCAACAGAACCUGUUCACAUGGAACAAAAUUCGAGUACAACAAGGAAUCAUUCUCUUGAAAACCACGUUGGAAAAUGUGCAGUGUAAAAUAAUUAAAAAAAAACUUGAAGUGCAAUUAUUUUUGUUAAUAUGGUGGUCAGCAGGAUUGGCCUUAGACAAUCUCCAGACACCAAAGAGUGAAUCAUUGAAUGCAUACAGAUACAGCAAUUAAUGUGGUGCAGGUAUAAGUUUGUGUAUUAGAUUGUCAAAAUCAUUUUAUGAUCAACUGAUACAUUUUUGUAAUUUUUGGGGAAAGCUGGAUAUCUUGUUUUUGUAAUAACACUUGUGUGAUUUUUAUUGGAGUUUUAGCAAGUCUAUUUCUUAUAAUGAAAUUUGCAUGUACAGAGACAGAAGUUGUUUAGUGUCAUACAUUGAGCUGGAGAAGGAUUAAAACUACUGUGAGAGGUCGGGGAAUUGGGAACUGUCUAAGGCUUCAGAACCUCCAUCUGAUUCCAGUACCUACAGUACAUUGUGUACUGCGACACAGCUGACUCAAUAGUUAAUAGCCAUGUCUAUUUUCUCCUCCAUGUUAAAGCAUAUGGUAUGGUAUUAGAAUAUUUCUGUGUUUUUCUGCACUCAACCCACAUAAACUUGACCUUAAUAAUACAUUUGCAUUUCAGUCUGGUUGUCUUCAGUAUUGAAUUAUGUCUCCACAACUCAUUCUUCAUGCAGAAUUGUAGAAGGGCUAUUGACUUAGUUUCAUUACGAGACAGAUGCAUGUUAAAUUGGAGAAUUUUUUAUUAUUAAAUAAAUUUUAAAGACUGAACCUGUGGUAAAUGUUGCAUAACCUUUCUAGUUCCUUUACGUGGCUAGCAGCAGAGUGAUUUAGAAUCUACAGAAACAUUUAAAACAGAAGCAAAAUGAUCUUAUGAUGUUGCACUUUAAUGUACUUACACCUUGAGAAAAGCAAUGUGAAAUCUCAGAGAAUUUUUACCUCAGCUGGUUGCUGAAUAUAAACAAAAUAAAAAUCUUAAUAUCUAAAGGGCCAAGUCAACCUUUUGUACUUAAUGUACAUUUGAUUAGCUGAUUAAAUAACAGGACAGAUAUAAAUCUUAAAGUGGGUUUUACAACAAGUGUCUUUAAAGAGGUUGAAGAAAUACCGAGCUUCGGGAAAAAUAUUGAGAAUAAAAAUUUGGAAAUGGGGGAAACAAAACUUAUAAUGAAAUUUUGUUACAGUUACUCAGUUAAAAUACCUUAAUUGUUUUAUAAAAGAGGUAUCUCAACUUUUUACAAGAGACUGAAGCCACAGAACUUCCUUUGCUUUUUGCAAUGUACAGCCAAAACUGCGUAUUUGUAAAUUCCUAUCUAUUUUAAUUUUGAUUGUUUUUGUUUCAGUGGUAUAUUUACAGGAGAAAAUCUGAAUGAACAGAUCGAUGAAGGUAGAGCAGAAGAUGUGGAUAUGGAUUUCAGCAAGGCAUUUGACAAGGCUUAUUGAGAAAGUAAGGAGGCAUGGAAUCCAAGGGGACAUUGCUUUGUGUAUCCAGAAUUGGCUUGCACACAGAACGCAAAGAGAGGUUGUAGACGGGUCAUAUUCUGCAUGGAGGUCGGUGACCAGUGGUGUGCCUCAGGGAUCUGUUGUGGGACCCCUACUCUUUGUGAUCUUUAUAAAUGUCCUGGAUGAGGAAGUGGAGGGAUGGGUUAGUAAAUUUCCUGAUGACUCAAAGGUUGGGGGUGUUGUGGAUAGUGUGGAUGGCUGUCAGAGUUUACAGCGUGAAAUUGAUAGGAUGUAAAACUGGGCUGAGAAAUGGCAGAUGGAGUUCAACCCAGAUAAGUGUGAGGUGGUUCAUUUUGGUCGAUCAAGUAUGAUGGCAAAAUAUAGUAUUAAUGUUAAGACUCUUGGCAAUGUAGAGGAUCAGAGGGAUUUUGGGGUCCCGAGUCUGUAGGACACUCAAAGCUGCUGUGCAAGUUUACUUUAUGGUUAAGAAAGCAUAUGUGCAUUGGUCUUCAUCAACCGCGGGAUUGAGUUUAGGAGCUAAGAGGUAAUAUUGCAGCUAUAUAGGACCCUGGUCAGACCCCACUUGGAGCACUGUGCUCAGUUCUGGUCACCUCACUACAGGAAGGAUGUGGAAACCAUAGAAAGGGUGCAGAGUAGGUUGACAAGGAUUUUGCCUGGGUUGGGGAGCAUGCCUUAUGAAAAUAGGUUGAGUGAACUCGGUCUUUUCUCCUUGGAGUGACAAAGGAUGAAAAGUGACCUGUUAGAGGUGUAUAAGAUGAUAACAGGCAUUGAUCAUGUGGAUGGAUAGAGGUUUUUUCUUAGGGCUGAAAUGGCUAGCAUGAGAGGGCACAGUUUUAAGGUGCAUGGAAGCAGGUACAGAGGAGAUGUCUGGGGUAAGUUUUUUAUGCAGAGAGUGGUGAGUGCGUGGAAUGAGUGCCAGUGACAGUGAUGGGGGUGGAUAUAAUAGGGUCUAAUAAGAGACUCCUGGACAGGUACGUGUAGCUUAGAAAAGUAGAGGGCUAUGGGUAUCCCUUGGUUAUUUCUAAGGUAAGGACAUGUUUGGCACAGCUUUGUGGGCUGAAGGGCCUGUAUUGUGCUGUAGAUUUUCUAUCUUUCUAUGAAUGGAAGGAUUAAUCAGUGGUUUGUAUUAUGCUGUCCUUUGAGUAAUUAGAUAAAUCACCUCCCAAUUUCUAUUCAGUAGAUUUAAUUAGGCUGAUUAUCAGUAUAUAGGAUGCAAGUUGGUUGUAAUUCUGUCAUCCUAGUCAGAGCAACAGUUAAACAAAUUAAUACUGUCCCUUAUACUAUAAAUCAUGUAGUAUUAUAAUAUGUACUUCCCCAAGAAACAGCAGUCUGUGGAACAGACCUCUGUGGAAGAUUUGAUUUGUGGUUCGAUUACAAUGUCUUGUAACUGGCAAAUGCAAACUAAGGGCGCACCAAACCAAAAACAGGAAUCUAAGUGGCUAAUUAAUGUGUAGUACUUAUCUGGUCAUUCUUAUCUCAGAUCAAAGUAAACUGGCAGCAGAGUUUCAUACUGAGCCAAGAAGCAUAACAAUAACUACCAUCAUCUAUUUUUUGCACAGCUGGACAUUUGAAACUAAUUGUAAAUCAGCAGGUUGAGUUUGUUAUGGCCAUGUGACUUCUUUAUCUAUUUCAGAAAUAUAUAAACAAUAUCUAAUUAUCCUGUAUAAAAGCAAAUAGAGGAGAGGCAAAAGGUUUUGCAACAAUUUAAUGUGUCACUGGUAAAUAAGUCUGGAAUCACACUUUGUGGUUGUAUAUUCCUGUAGGUCACAUUGUAGACUUGCAGUGGAUCAAUAACAAUAGUAGUAAAAUAUUUAUGUGCUUCAUAUGAUAUAUGAGCUUUUUCAGACCAGUUUUGUAUAUUCUAUUUAGAACCAACCUCUGCUACUUCGGAUCUGCAUGUCAUUCUUUGAAGGAAAUCGGGUUGGAUCAGGUUCCUACCCUACCAUGAUAUGGAACAGAUUGUAAUAAAGUCACAGGUGGCAAUUUAAGUAGCAAUAACAAUGAAAAACUAUCUUUUUUGGCCUAUUUGUAGCCUUUGACAAAUUAACAACAUCAUCCACUUCCAAAGUUUCUCUUCUUCAUUCCCUUAUUUUUGGUGGGAUAACUUAUAUCUGAUUUUAUUCUUAACUGUCUGUUGAUGGCCAGGGCAUUUUAUGCAAAGGCUUCCCACUCUCCACUGAAAUCCUCCAAGGAUCUAUUGGUUCCUCCUGUUUCUCAGAUAAAUGUUUAACCCUCAGCAAGAUCAAAAAUGCAUAGUCAAUUUCCUGAUGUGAGUUCAGGACUCCUAGCUGUGUUUCUCCCCCACUAGCCUGGUUCUUACUGCUGUCACCCACAGUGUGUCAAUGUUAUCAGACUGCCCAUCUCCUAUCCAGUUCUAUAUAAGAAAAUUUUUUCUAAAUAAAUUUGUGCCUACUUAAAAUUUCAUGCCUAGCAGCUUAUUGGGAUUUUUUACAAUCUUAGUGUCAUAUUUGACCCUGUGAUGAAUUUUCAGCUUCAUUCUGUUGCCAUCACUAUAAUCCCACCUCCACAGCAUGCCCCACUCUAUCCUUUUCUUCAACACAGAUGUUGUCAGCAGCCUCAUCAAUGACUGUUACUUUCAGGAUUAAUAAUUCCAAUGUCAUUCGGGCCAAUUACUCAUGUUCCUUCGUUCAUUAUUUAUUUUUCAAAUGUCCUAACCUAUGCUGACGAUUGUUCACUCACCACCCACUGUUAUUGGUUACUCUUGGUUAAGCUACUCUUGUUUAUAGAUUUUGUUUUCAAAUCCCUCCCUGGCUUUAAACGUUCCUAUCUCUAGUAUCUCAUUGUAUUUUACAAUAUUCUAAGAAUCCAAACUACUCCCUGAAUUUAACAAUGGUCACUGUGUUUUAGUUGCUAUGGUUCUGAAAUAUGAGUUCUUUUCUCUCAACAUCUCUACUUCUGUAACCGUCUUUACUGUUUUAAGACUUUCAUUUGAAGCCUACUUAAAUGACCGAGCUUUCAGUUACUGACCCUUAUAUAUAUGGCUCAGUGUUACUGUUUGGAAACAGAGUCAUGGUGCAUCUUACCAUGUUCUAGGGUGAAAUAAAUAUUCAGGACAGACAUAUUAUUGGAGUUAACAAUGUUAUUUUAAAGUUGUCAAACACAGUGGAGGAAGAGCUUUCAAUAUAUAUUUUAAAGAAUUGCUGCAUCCUAUUUUGUUGCUGAUGCUCUGUUCUUGACUAGCAAUGUGUUAAAAAGUGAGAGUAAAUGUUAGGGAGCUAAUAAUCAGACUCCUGGUGACAAUGUGUCCAACUGCAUGAGUAGUUAUAAUUUUAAAACAAAAAAGAUAAUUGUUAAUGUCCAUACUAUUCACCCCAGGAGACUGUAAAUAAGUAAUGAAGGCUAUUGAUUGGAUCAAACAAGACCAAGACCUUUGAAAGUGGACAUAAUUGUUUCGUACAUCAGUAGAUUGAUUCAUUUCAAUAGUAAUAUUCAGUAGUAAAUGAAUAUGUUUAGUUUUGUUAAAGUUUAGCUGUAUCCCUGGAUUUUGAAAGGCACAGUGGCCUCCUGUGGCUUCAGCUUCUCUUUACCAGUGCCCUCAGCUGGCUGGCGAAUUUUUAAAGCCGAACAGAGGCAUUAGAGUGACUUGCUGGAGCUGGUUUGAUCACAUUGAAACAAAAACUGAAAGGCUUACUCAGAAAUUUGAAUACUAAAUCAGUUUGCAAGUCUGCUCUUUGGCAAUGAGAAAAGGCACUGAAUUUUUACUGGGAAAUUUAUCCCAAACGAUUUGUCAUUUUCAACAUAUUCAGAGAGAGCAGUAGGAUCAUGUUUAAAUAUUCUCAGGGAGAAAUGUUCUGUGGGAUGGAUUGUAGCUUCAUAUUUGCAGUGUUAUUUAUCUCCAGAAGCUUCAACCUGAUCUCUGUUCUAAUUAUCUUCUUAUAUUAAAGUUUUAUCAUUAAUAAUCUGUGUACUUUUCUGAAUUUGUUUUCAAAUCUUAAUGAAAUCUCACUUUAAUGUUUUAUUUCUUAAAUUGAUAUUUAAUGCAGCAAUUGAACAUUUUAUCUUUAGCUCUGAGUGUGUAAAUCAGAUGAGAAGACCUUUGUACUGUAAAGAACUACAUUGGAAUAUUGCCACCCACUGGAA